AGUAUUCCGCUCCCGUCUCCGCCGCUCUCGGCUGCUCGCGGUCGCUGCCGCACCGUCCGAGGCGGGGGCCGGGGCCGGGGCCGGGGCCUGGGGGGGGGUGGGGUGGGGGGAGAGCGGCGCCGGCGGGCCCGAGGAGGGAGGAAGGAAGGAAGGAAGGCUGGAAGGAAGGAAGCUAGGAAAGAAAGAAGGAAAGAAAGGAAGGCGAGAAGGAAGGCGGGCGCCGGGCCGGGCGGCAGGCGGGCGAGCGGGCGAGGAGGCAGAGCGGGGGCCCCCCCCCAACCCCGCCGCCGCCGCUGCGGAAGCCCCCUCCCCAUCCCGGUGCCGGGGAGGGGGGAGGACACGAGAGACUCGGGCCCGGCCGCAGCCCCGCCCCCCGCGCCUCCCCGCAGCGGGCCUCGCACCCCAAAUUCCCGUGCCUCAUUGGGGGGGUCCUCCCCCCGCGGGCCGGGCAUGCUGCCCCCCGGAAGGAGCCCCUUUCCUCGCUCCCCCCAGCGUCCACGUGGAGCAUGAGCAUUGAGGAUGGCGUGUGCCCGUGGCUCCCCGUGCCCUCCACUGCCGCCCGGUAGGAUGUCCUGGCCCCACGGGGCACUGCUCUUCCUCUGGCUCUUCUCCCCACCCCUGGGGGCCGGCGGAGGUGGCGUGGCAGUGACGUCUGCCGCCGGAGGGGGCUCCCCACCGGCCACCUCCUGCCCCGCGGCCUGCUCCUGCAGCAACCAGGCCAGCCGGGUGAUCUGCACGCGGAGGGAGCUGGCUGAGGUCCCGGCCAGCAUCCCGGUCAACACGCGGUACCUGAACCUGCAGGAGAACGGCAUCCAGGUGAUCCGGACAGACACGUUCAAGCACCUGCGGCACCUGGAGAUCCUGCAGCUGAGCAAGAACCUGGUGCGCAAGAUCGAGGUGGGCGCCUUCAAUGGGCUGCCCAGCCUCAACACGCUGGAGCUGUUCGACAACCGGCUGACGACGGUGCCCACGCAGGCCUUCGAGUACCUGUCCAAGCUGCGGGAGCUCUGGCUGCGCAACAACCCCAUCGAGAGCAUCCCCUCCUACGCCUUCAACCGAGUGCCCUCGCUGCGGCGCCUCGACCUGGGUGAGCUCAAGCGGCUGGAAUACAUCUCGGAGGCGGCCUUCGAGGGGCUGGUCAACCUGCGCUACCUCAACCUGGGCAUGUGCAACCUCAAGGACAUCCCCAACCUGACAGCCCUGGUGCGCCUGGAGGAGCUGGAGCUGUCGGGCAACCGGCUGGACCUGAUCCGCCCGGGCUCCUUCCAGGGCCUCACCAGCCUGCGCAAGCUGUGGCUCAUGCACGCCCAGGUGGCCACCAUCGAGCGCAACGCCUUCGACGACCUCAAGUCGCUGGAGGAGCUCAAUCUGUCCCACAAUAACUUGAUGUCACUGCCCCACGACCUCUUCACGCCCCUGCACCGCCUCGAGCGCGUCCACCUCAACCAUAACCCCUGGCACUGCAACUGCGACGUGCUCUGGCUCAGCUGGUGGCUCAAGGAGACUGUGCCCAGCAACACGACGUGCUGCGCCCGCUGCCACGCACCCGCCGGCCUCAAGGGCCGCUACAUUGGUGAACUGGACCAGUCGCACUUCACCUGCUACGCGCCUGUCAUUGUAGAGCCGCCCACGGACCUCAACGUCACCGAGGGCAUGGCUGCCGAGCUCAAGUGCCGCACGGGCACCUCCAUGACCUCUGUCAACUGGCUGACGCCCAAUGGCACCCUCAUGACCCACGGUUCCUACCGUGUGCGCAUCUCUGUCCUGCAUGAUGGCACGCUCAACUUCACCAACGUCACCGUGCAGGACACGGGCCAGUACACGUGCAUGGUGACGAACUCGGCUGGCAACACCACCGCCUCAGCCACGCUCAACGUCUCCGCCGUGGACCCCGUGGCGGCUGGGGGCUCUGGUGGCGGUGGGGGCAGCCCUGGGGGCAGCGGAGGUGUCGGCGGGGGCAGUGGUGGCUACACCUACUUCACCACGGUGACGGUGGAGACCCUGGAGACACAGCCUGGAGAGGAGGCCGUGCAGCCUCGGGGGACGGAGAAGGUCCCGCCAGGGCCCACGACGGACGGUGUCUGGGGUGGGGGCCGGCCCGGGGACGCUGCAGGCCCAGCCUCGUCAUCCACCACGGCGCCUGCCCCACGCUCCUCGCGGCCCACGGAGAAGGCGUUCACGGUGCCCAUCACGGACGUGACGGAGAACGCCCUCAAGGACCUGGACGACGUCAUGAAGACCACCAAGAUCAUCAUCGGCUGCUUCGUGGCCAUCACCUUCAUGGCCGCCGUGAUGCUCGUGGCCUUCUACAAGCUGCGCAAGCAGCACCAGCUCCACAAGCACCACGGGCCCACGCGCACCGUGGAGAUCAUCAACGUGGAGGACGAGCUGCCCGCUGCCUCGGCCGUGUCUGUGGCCGCCGCGGCCGCCGUGGCCGGUGGGGGCAGCGUCGGUGGGGACAGCCACCUCGCCCUGCCCGCCCUGGAGCGCGACCACCUCAACCACCACCACUACGUGGCAGCCGCCUUCAAGGCGCACUACAGCAGCAACCCCAGCGGCGGGGGCUGCGGGGGCAAGGGCCCGCCCGGCCUCAACUCCAUCCACGAACCUCUGCUCUUCAAGAGCGGCUCCAAGGAGAACGUGCAAGAGACGCAGAUCUGAGGCCGGCGGGGGCGGGGUGGGGGGUUGGCGAGGGGCUUGGAGAGCCGCCACCCCAGAGCCCACCCGGGCACGCCCGACUGGGACCCCUCCCCACAGCCCAGCCCACCCUGGGACCAAGCGGGGAAGGUGGGGAGAGGCGGCGUCCAGCCCCACCCGGGGCUCAGACCCCAGCGAGGACAGGCCGGGGCUCCAGGAGUGGAGUCUCCACGGUUCUAGCCUCGCUUCCACCUAUCCUGGUGACGGGAGGGGACCCGGGAUUCAGGAGAAGUGGCCCGAGCCCUCCACGUUUCCUCCUCGCGCUCCCGUCCAACCGUCCCGCCCGCCGCCGCCACCUUCCAGGGGAGACAGGAGCUUUUUGGAGGGGUACCCUUUCCCCUCACCCCGACCACCCUCCUUUUACGGUUCAUUUUUUGCAGUUUGACGCCUGUCCCUCCCUCCCCCUCCUCCAGCCCCCCGAAACUGAAGAGACACGUCGCCCGCGCUCCCGGCCCUUCCCCGCUGGGGGGGCAGCCUGACCGCCCGCCCCCACCUGCCCCACAGACUCUUUUGAUACAACUGAAGGGAGGUUUGCGUCAACGACUACCUGCUCUGUAAUUACUUUAAAAAAAAACACGGAAAAAGUAAAAAAAUUAUUUUUUUUGGUCAUGAAA